AUGUCUCUUAUGAAAAUGAGCAAUAAACAGUACUUUUCAGUGGAUUCUACUCUUGUAAAUUGUGAUGGAAAAGGAUGGAAAAAUCUGAAUGAUAUUGAUUUUCCUCCAAAGGUUAUUACUUUAACACUUAAUAACAAUAAUCUCAAAUUUGAUAUGAUUACUGAUCGUGCAAAAAUUGAAAAUUUACUCAGUUUGACAGAUUUAAGUAUUAAUCAAAAUCCUCUUGGAACGAUUCCGUCUUUUAAUCAUACAAACAUUCGUUUUCUUUCAUUACAAGAUACUUCAUUAACAUCUGCUGAAUUUCCUUCUUCAUAUAGAGGUUCACUUUUACAAACAAUUUCACUUAGUAAUAAUAAAAUUCGAUCAAUCAACGAAGAAGAUUUUGUAAUUUUACGUGGUUCUCAAUUACGUAAAUUACAUAUCGAUAGUUCAAGUAUUUCUAAGAUAGAUCAAAAUGCUUUCACUCCAUUAAUGCAACUUCAAGCAUUAUCAUUAAAAAAUAAUCAAUUAAAAUCUUGUGAAUUUAUAUCAAAUUUAGGUUCACUUUCUUCAAUUAAACUUGAUGGCAAUCAAUUUACUUCACUUUCACAACAAUUAUCAACACCAAGAAACAUUAAAACCUAUUCGAUUACACAUAAUUCAAUAUCAACUAUUGAUGAAUCAUCACCUUUACAUCAAUGGCUUAACAUGAAUUAUACAAAUAUUAAAAUUUUUUUAGCUAAUAAUACAUUUAAUUGUUGUUCAUCUUUAUGGUUUAUUCGUUUUAUAAAAACAUAUCCUCAAUUUGUUGGAGAUGCUUCAUUAUUAACAUGUACUACACCAUCAAAUUUUGCUGGAAAACUAUUGGCUAAACUCAAUCCAGAUGAAAUGAAUUGUGAUGGUGAUAUACCAAAUAAAUCAUGGUGGACAACUGGUCGAAUUAUCGGCAUUGUUGUUGGGUCUGUUAGUAUAGUAAUGAUUGGUAUAAUUGUGAUUAUUCGUGUCGUUGCGUAUAUUCGACGACAUUCAUUACGUUCCGGUUACGAACCAAUUAGUGGAAAUGAUGAACAAUAUUCUGAUAUAGAUUCAUUAUUGUCUGAUAGACAUACAUUACCAAUACUAGAAGAUGAUGAUGAACUAUCAACCAAUACGAAUAUUAACAGUACAAGAAGUGUUGCUCGAUCAGAUGCACCAACACAUACAACAGCUGAAGGUAUUUAUGCAACAGAUGGUAGUGUUGUUGGAGAUUCUCAAAUACAAGAAGCAGUCUUAAUACCCCGUUCUGAUUAA